CUUCCGAGAAUUCGCCGAGGGGCAGAUACGGAUAUAACUAGCGGAAAAACCUGCGACGAUUGAUUUGUAUUCACUCCCAAUUAAGAAGCCUCAUCUUGUUCUAAAUAAGAAAGCGAAAUUGACUAUUUUCCCUGUUUGCUUUCAGAAAUUUAAUGAUGAGUCAUCACAAAUUGUUUUUCAUCGCUAUUUCGAUAUUUAUUGUUUACAGUGGCGCAGUUAUCAGAAUCCCACUGAAGAAAACGCGCACUCUGCGCCGUCAGCUGUGCGACAAUGGGAUGACACUGGAUCAGCUACAGUCCAGGGCACAAAUGCACAUGACCGACCAGUAUGCUGAUAAUGUCCCCGCCGACCUUGGCCUCGCCCCCAACCCUAACAAGACUGUCCCUGUUGAGAGUCUGACCAACUUCAUGGACGCCCAGUAUUAUGGGGUGAUCAGCAUCGGUACCCCUCCUCAGGAGUUCUCUGUGCUGUUUGAUACAGGCUCCUCCAAUCUGUGGGUGCCCUCCAUUCACUGCUCCUUCUGGGAUAUUGCCUGCUGGCUCCACCGUCGCUACAAUUCCGGGAAGUCCAGCUCCUAUGUGGCCAACGGAACAAAGUUCUCCAUUCAAUAUGGAAGGGGAAGCUUGUCAGGCUACAUCAGCCAGGACACCAUCUCUUUAGCUGGGUUGACCGUGCCGGGCCAGCAGUUUGGCGAGGCCGUGUCCCAGCCGGGAUUCGUGUUCGCAGUGGCGCGCUUCGACGGGGUGCUGGGGAUGGGGUACCCGUCCAUCUCUGUCGCUGGCGUCCGGCCGGUGUUUGACACCGCCAUGGCUGCCAAGCUUCUGCCUCAGAACAUCUUCUCCUUCUACAUUAACCGGAACCCUAGAGCAGCAGUGGGAGGAGAGCUUGUGCUGGGAGGGGCCGAUGACCAGCACUACGAGGGAGCGCUGCACUACGUGAACGUCACCCGCAAGGCCUACUGGCAGAUCGCCAUGGACGGGGUUUCCGUUGGGAAUCAGCUGGCGCUCUGCAAGGGCGGUUGCCAGGCGAUUGUGGACACGGGAACCUCCCUCAUCGUAGGGCCUGCGAAGGAAGUCCGAGCCCUGCAGAGAGCCAUUGGGGCCUUGCCUCUACUCAUGGGAGAGUAUAUGAUUCCUUGCGGGAAGAUCCCAUCUCUCCCAGUCAUCUCAUUCACUCUUGGAGGAAAGCAGUUCAAUCUGACUGGGGAGGACUAUGUCCUGAAGGAAUCUCAACUGGGAGUGUCGAUUUGCCUGUCUGGGUUCAUGGCCAUGGACAUUCCCCCUCCAGCCGGGCCCCUGUGGAUUCUGGGAGACGUCUUCAUCGGUCGCUACUACAGCGUGUUUGACAGGGAUGCUGACCGCAUGGGUUUCGCACCUGCUAAAUAGAGGGGAGAGAGGGAGAGAGAGGAGGGGGGAGAGAGAGAGAUAUUUCAUAGGCUACUGGAGAAGGGGACAAAGACCACCCAAAAAGGGAAGAGCCACUCCUCUCUGAUCCAUUCUGUUUUCUGCUUGCUACUUUCAGAGCUAUGAAACGGUACAGAUUGGGAUGGGAAAGGCUAAUUGUACCAAAUUAACUAUGCAAUUUUAUUUCUAUGCAACUUAUUUCUUAAUGAAUUACUUUUUGUACAGAUCAAUAAAAGCUUGUGCUGAGUGAGGACCGAGUGCUUUGCUCAUUUUAAACUCGGGCAGCAUUCCAAAGAACAAGCUGAUGAUUUGUAGAAUUUGAAACUUGAAAUGUUGACUGAUUAAAUUGAAGACCCUUCUGCUGGGGGAUGGGGAAAGUGUUGAGUCGGUUUCUGUUCUUGACCGGGGUUGUUGACCAGUGGGGGGGCGGAAAAAAAAACUUUUCCCCCCCCCCUGUUGAUCAAUGUCACACUGUUGGGGGGACAAAUUUAAAGCGCUGCCAAUAAGAACUGUGGGUAAAUGCAUGCAAUUUAAACUGCUGUGAUGAAAGAUGAUAUUGAAGAUAUGCCAUAAUUUGAAUGUUAAACAUGUAAGCAAAUUGUAUGCUUGAUUCCUGUAAAUGGAAAGGUAUUUUUUUGUGGACAACUUGGACAACUUUUUUUUGUAUAUUGUGUCCACUUUCAAACUACAUUGUGUUUAUCUGUGUAGGUCCUACCAAUUCAGAUUGAUUCAAUGAAAAUCCUAUUUUCUAACUAAAUAAAAGUUUUAAAUAGUGGAAAAGUAA